GUUGUCUCCGGGCGGGCUGGCCGUGCAGUUGGAUGCUCAGGGAAGCAGACCCAGCCCUGCUGUGUCCCCUGCGGGGCCCAGGGGAAAGCAGCCACUCGGCCAGGACACAGGAACUCAGCCCCAGCACAGGUGUCCUUGGGUGUCCCCGAAGUGUCACCUCCCGCGCCUGCUGGCUCGGAUGUCCUCAGCAGUAUUGGGACCGAUGCGUGCUGCUGCUCCCGCAUGUGAAGUGUGAGCCGAGCUUUGAGGUUUUACUUCCUUGAGUAGUGCUUGGCUGUGUCCUCCUGAGUGCUCUCUUGGAAAGCAACGAUGAUCACGUUCAUGAACAAUUCGGACAGCGAGGAGGAGCCCUGCAAUGAGAGAACAUCCCUGAUGUCUGCAGAGAGCCCUCCAGUACCCUCCUACCAGGAUGGCCUGCAAGCUUCGGAAGCAGGGGAAGCACAGGCACAUAGGAGGCGAGCAGGCAACAGCCGUGGCCCGAACAAUAUCGCUGGUGGAGAAGUGUAUGGCUCGGGUAUUCCAGUGAGGGAAAGCGCCCUGGAAAAUGAAGAGGAGGAACUGACUCUGAAAUAUGGAGCAAAGCAUGUAAUCAUGCUCUUUGUGCCUGUCACCCUUUGUAUGAUUGUUGUCGUCGCCACCAUAAAGUCAGUGCGCUUCUAUACGGAGAAAAACGGGCAGCUGAUCUACACCCCUUUCAGUGAGGACACCCCUUCUGUGGGCCAGCGUCUCUUGAACUCGGUGUUGAACACCAUCGUAAUGAUCAGUGUCAUCAUUGUAAUGACUGUGUUCCUAGUGCUGCUCUAUAAAUAUCGCUGCUACAAGUUCAUCCAUGGCUGGCUGAUCCUAUCCUCCUUGAUGCUGCUCUUCCUCUUUACCUACAUCUACCUCGGUGAAGUAUUGAAGACGUACAACGUGGCCAUGGAUUAUCCCACUCUGUUCAUAGUCAUCUGGAAUUUUGGAGCUGUUGGAAUGAUUUGCAUCCACUGGAAAGGUCCCUUACAGCUCCAGCAAGCUUAUCUCAUUAUGAUCAGUGCUCUAAUGGCUUUGGUGUUCAUUAAGUAUCUACCUGAGUGGUCAGCAUGGGUGAUUCUAGGUGCAAUCUCCAUCUAUGAUCUGAUGGCUGUUCUCUGUCCCAAGGGGCCACUGAGAAUGCUGGUAGAAACUGCUCAGGAGAGAAAUGAGCCCAUUUUUCCUGCAUUAAUAUAUUCCUCUGCUAUGAUGUGGACAGUUGGAAUGGCAAAGCCAGACACAGCAGCAAGAGGACCAAGUCAGCAGACAUGGGAUGCAGCUGAGGAUGGGAGAGAACACCUCAGGAGCCCUUCACAUGCAGAGUCUCAGAUGUCAGAGACAAGAAGUCCUGUUCCAGCCCGCCCUGUCACUUCUUCAGAGGAGCUUGAGGAGGAGGAAAGGGGUGUGAAGCUGGGCCUUGGAGACUUCAUAUUUUACAGUGUGCUUGUUGGGAAAGCAGCUGCCACAGCUAGUGGAGACUGGAAUACCACACUGGCCUGCUUUGUAGCCAUUCUCAUAGGUUUAUGCCUAACACUUUUACUACUGGCUGUUUUUAAGAAAGCACUGCCUGCUCUUCCUAUUUCCAUCACCUUUGGCUUGAUCUUCUACUUCUCGACAGACAACCUUGUGCGACCGUUCAUGGACACCCUGGCCUCCCACCAGCUGUAUAUUUAGAAGAAGUGGGAGUUAGAGGAUUCUUUUUCAAGCUUUUCUGUGAAGUAUGGUACAAUGUUUGGAAUAGGUCAUAAAGUUUUUACACUUAGUGCCAUAUAUUUGUAAGGAAAACACUAAUUCUGUGACGUGCUGUGUACUAAAAAUCUAAUAGUUACACGUUAAACUGAGAUUUUUCACAGGACUCUUGGCGAAAAGCCUGGCUCCUUGCUGAUGUCAGAGUGUUACUUUUAUUUUAUUUGAUGUGCACAGUGGCUGUUGUGAGCACAGAAACCUGUAUGUGGCAUGGAACACUGGAGAGGUGAGGGGUCUGAUCUUCCGGGAGCUACAUAAGGUGUUUUAGUCCUGGAACUGCAGUCAACUUUAACCAUAUUCUAGAAUUUUUAAGUCUUCACACGUUUGAAGUGUUGUGCAAACAUGAGGUGCAAGUGAUUGGAAAAGCACAGCUGGCAGCAGGCACAGAGCAGUGUGUGAGCAUUAGAGAAGUGAGGCUGAACUUCCUGUGUUGGCUGCUGUGCACACACCACCUGUUGAAAUUGCCCCAUAGGCCUUUUUAUUCUGACCUGAGCUGCAGAUAGUGAGCCAUGAGGGAUCGAGACAGGAUGUCAGUGGUGGGAUGUCUGAACAUCAGGCUCCUGGCUCUGAGCACAUCCCCCACUGCAGCCAGCAGCUGAUGAAGGCAGGACUGCCCCUUCCAGCGCAUCAGAUCCUCAGUGUGUGGAAACAGAUACUGCUCUCUCCUCCCAGUGUUUUACUUUUUAGGAAAUAUUUUUCUGGGUUCAUACUGCAAUCCUGAAAUGACCCUAAGGUGGAAAUGACUGAACAACUCCAGUAAAUCAGACCUGUAACUUA